UCGGUCCAAAGAUAUCGGUCUUCUCAGGUUGUUGCGUGCGCGCGAAAACUGGAAAGCAUUCCGGGUAAGAGCCCUGGCCAGGGACAUUGUGUUGUGCUCCUGGGCAAGACAUUUCACUGUCUGUCUCCACCCAGUUGUAUAAAUGGGUGCCGGAGAAUUUAAUGCCAGGGGUUAACCUUGCGAUGGACUAGCAUGCCAUCCAUCCCAUCCCAGGGGGGAGUAGAAAUACUCCUAGAUGCUUUAUGCAACGGAAAACGGGAUGGACCACUUGGCCCGACGCGGACCUUCCAUUUUAACCUAACCGCGCGUUGUUAUAGUUCAGCGGUCCGUGAGACCAUUGCACCGUUAAAACUAAGCUCAUUCAGAUUGUAUUCUACAGGGUUUGUGUUGUGUAUGUGGUGGCUGGUUGUAGUGUAUCAAAAUUAAUCACGAGCACUUAUAUGGUGUUUUGGGUCGUCACGUACUGGAUCGUUUUGGGAAAUUCUGACAAGUAUUUAAAGGAUGAAAAUUCUUGGAAUGCUGCUAUCCAACCUUUUGAUCACCAGAAAAAAUUAGAAGUCACCGAAAGUUCUGGUUAAUUAGAGUUAUUUUCGGACAGAUUAUGCCUCCAUGGCACAAAAGACAAACUGAUGACAAAAAUUCCGAUAUCAACAUUAAUCUUGAGUAAACUUCGAGAUAUUUGAGUCCUCGAACCCCAAUCUUUUCACCUAAAAAUCUCACAGAGCAUAUAAAGGUAGCUAAGACAGUAUUGAUGUUAAAGAAUGCCAAGAUCUCCAAAACAGGUUACAAUGUAAAGUCCCGCGCUGGGAACUGUUAAACUGCCUGAGUUUAAUAAUGUUCAAUUUUGACUUGUCUCAGUUCUUGGCUUUUGCUAGUUUACUAGUUCUUACUGUAAUAGUAGUAGUAAUCUUUAACGAGGACACCAACAUUACAGUAGAAGGGUCCUCGACUGUGCGCAAAAACAAUGUCCCUUGUACAAAGGCAAUGAUAAGAUAAUGGUUACUUAUUAAAACAAAGUUAUGCGGCAAAUUUAGCGGACCCUAAGCAUUGUAGUCUGUCGUCAGAGGUUAAAGUCUUUAACCAAUCACUUGUGUAGCAAAUAUUGAGCCUUGCCAUGCAUAACCUUACACAAUUAGCAUGUUUGAUUGCUGUGUAAUAAUCAGACAACCGAACCGCAACGUUCUCGAGUAUUCAUCUGUCUUUUGAAGACUCGUGUUCUCUAUUCAGUGUCUAUUGUGGGAUAAAUCGAAUCGAAGCUCCUUUUCCUCGCCUCAUAGCAAAAUUUUCACAAACAGGUUCACGACACAGGAUGAGCAGCUAUCCAGAAAAUGAUAAAACCGUUGUCAUCAACGGUGACUAUGUCCUGUCCGUGCGGGGAUUCCUCAAGAUUAUCGAAAGUAUACUCCUGCUGGUGGCCUUCAUAUUUGGUCAGCUUUAUAGAUCGUUUUACAGUCCGCCUCAUCUUCCCUUCUUUUUCGUGGCUGUGUUUACUGGAUUCAUUCUCCUGCUGGCAUUCUACCUCUUCUUUUUUUUCUCUUUGGAUAAACAGUUUGAUACUUUUAACUGGUAUCUUUUGGAUAUCAUCUUCUGUGGCUGUCUAGCCGUGUUCCUUAUAGCAAGCGCUGGACUUCUUGUUCGAGAGGCUGACCUUAAAGAAAGGCAUGGAACUCAAUUCACAAAUUGGCUUUAUGAUAGACUGGUCACUGCUGUGGUUCUUGCAUUUGUUGUUGUGCUACUGCUCAUCAUAGAUAUCAUUGUGAGCUUGGUCCAGUACCGUCGCUUAAAGCGAAGGCAAGCGGAACAAUAAACCGGGAAACUUUUGUCACCUCGAGUUUACUCUCCAGACGCGUUGUGUGACAACACAAAAAUCAACUACUUGACUGCGUGAAGCUCCUCAGAACUCCAAAUUUACAUCGUCGUAUUGAAGAUGGUUUGGCCUCAUUUUAAGCUUAAAGACUGAAAAGUGUUAAUAAAACGUUACCUAUGUUUUCUAGUUCAUCACAGAUAUUUUAUUUUUUAACAAAUGAUUGUUAUUAAGAAAACCAUUGUUGUCAGGAAAAGCAGCUACGAUAAAAAAAAUUUUUGCAGCGCAAAAUUCAGGGCUUUAAGAGGCGUACUCUAUAAGAUUCGAGGUCGGCCACGGUAUCUCACCGAUUUGGCUGAAAUUUUGCAUGUGGUCUUGCUUUGGGGUCCUAACUACGAAAUAGACGUUUUAAAAAACCUCGAAUCUUUAAAAAGUUCUGUUAAAUUUUACUUUGGUAGUUCCGAACAUGGCCGGUUUCGGUCGGCCCCGAAUGGGCGCCAACAUGUCUGAUCAAAGGACUUCUUGUCAUCGUUCUUUCCAGCUUACCAUAAUCUUUCAACAAAAACCAUUAAUGCGGCCUAAAAGAGCUAUUUUUGUUUCACAUUCUAUGUCAAAUACUUCUCUGAAAUAAAACGAUUCUGACGAUUUGGUCAUGACCGAGCGAAAAGUUGUUAGUGUACUUCCAUGUUACUUUUGAGAGGCGCAUAAAUUUACUGUAAAUCGAAAGGAUUGACAGUUUACUAUUUAACCUGGACGUAGAGCUUUCAUUGCAAGUUUGGCAGAAGAAAUAAAAAAUGUGCAACUUCUUUAGCACGAGAGAAAUAAAACUAAACAGGUGUGA